AUGCCCGACGAUGAUGAAAAGCUGCAACUACGUGCAGAUGUAGAACGAUACCGAAAAGCUAUUCGUCAAAAAGAUGACAUGAUCGAAGAAAUGGAAAAUGAACUGAAUCACUACGGAAAACCAGCCAUAUCAGAUGGUAAAGCCGAAGCCCGCGAAAAAGAAUUAAACGGAAGAAUUCGCGAUUUACAAUUUGAAAUGGACGAGAAAGAUGCAGCAAUUCAUGAUCAGACUGAUCUAAUAAGUUCACUCCGUUCUGAAAUCGAGAAGCUGGAAAAAACUAAUCGAGAGCUAAUAAAUCGAUCUGAGUGUAAUGAAAGUGAUGAAUCCAACUCGUUUGUUGAAUCAGAAAUGAUUCGAAUAAGCGAAGAAUGUGAAAAGUUUAAAGAAGUCGCAUCCACACUGUACGAACAAAACCGGGAACUCAAAAAAGAAGCUGUAGAAUUGAGAGAAGAACACGACAGCGCAAUGGGACAUGUCAAAAACCUGGAAAGUCACAUUAAAACAAACGAGGAAGAAAUUGCAAGAUUGGAAGGAGAAGUUUUUGAUCUCAAAAACUCAAAUCAAGGAAAACAUGCUUCAACUGGUAAUUCGAUUUUCGCAGAGGCCAUGGAAGCUGAACAGAAAUUGGAAGAGGACUUGAAAGUUCUCUUCAGAGAAAAGCAAUCUCUAAUGAGCAUGGUCAAACGACUCACUAUGGAAAAAGAUGAAGCUGAAGAGCGCGCUCGAUCCUUCAUGAAUCGUGGUUUAAUCGUUCGGAAUGCGAUAAAUCAUAUCGAUGUCGAAGAGAUGCGGAGGCUGAGUGCAAGAAAUCGUGAACUUGAGACUGAACGUACUCAUUUUUGGGAACGGAUGUUUAUCAAGAUGAAAACGGUUCCAAAAAAAGAAAUUGGGGCAAUAAUAGUCGGUUACUUUGAAUCAUUCAAGUGCUCGAUCGCAAGUAUAAAAGGAGGUUUCGACGAUUUGAUGAAAAAAAAUGAGCAAAAUUUGACCAUUAUUCGAGGCCAGAAUCAGGAUCUGGAAAAUCAACGUGUGAAGAUCGAGCAACUGCAGUUUGACAUGGAAUGUUUGGAAAGAAAAUUGCGCUCAGCUGUGAAGGCUGAGUCAGAAGACUCACAACUACGUGCACCUCUCAAACCAAUGAACAAUUCCCGCCCUUCGUUUUUCGUUAAACCGAAAAAGACGGACCCGGUACCGCCGUUAGAAACAUCUAUGUCGAACAUGAUGAUGACACCUCAGAAGCCGUCACCUGUAAUUACGGCUCGUUCAACUGCUAAAAAAGAAGAUUCAUCUGAAUGGGCGGAACGUCGACUGAAAGCAAAAGCUGAAAAAAAAUCAGCAACUCCCACUCCUCGCUAUAACUAUGUCACAAUGAGCGCUCCAGUUCCGAAAUUCAAAGCAGCCGUUCUUCAAAUGCCCUCAACGCUUCCAGAAUCCCAAGAAAAUUAA